CCUGCCGGUAGCUCCGCGUCCCUGAUUUCGGUCUUCCGGCGCGCUCGCCCGUGGGCCAUGACCAGCAGACCCUGAACGGGCACCGACCCGGCUCCGGGAACGCGAGGCUCCGAGGCCCCGGCCAUGGGCAACUUCCAGCUGGAAGACUUUGUGGCGGGCUGGAUCGGAGGUGCAGCGAGCGUCAUCGUCGGCCACCCUCUGGACACAGUCAAGGCUCGCCUGCAGGCCGGCACUGGCUACGGGAGCACCCUUAGCUGCAUCCGCACUGUGUACAGGAGGGAGAGUGUGUUUGGCUUCUUCAAGGGCAUGGCCUUCCCCCUCACCAGCAUCGCUGUCUACAACUCAGUGGUGUUUGGUGUCUUCAGCAACACACAGAGGUUCCUCAGCCACCACCGGUGCCAGGAGCCCGAGGCCGGUUCACCCCGCGUGCUGUCUGACCUGCUCCUGGCCAGCAUGGUGGCUGGCGUGGUUUCUGUAGGGCUGGGUGCGCCCGUGGACCUCAUCAAGAUCCGGCUGCAGAUGCAAACACAGCCAUUUCGGGAAGCCAACCUCGGUUUGAAGCCCAGGGUGGCAGCUCUUGGGGAGCAGCCAGCCUACCAGGGCCCUGUGCAUUGCAUCAUAACCAUCGUGCGGACUGAAGGCCCGGCAGGGCUGUACCGGGGCGCCAGUGCCAUGCUGCUGCGGGACGUCCCGGGCUACUGCCUCUACUUCAUCCCUUAUGUGUUCCUGAGUGACUGGAUUACGCCCGAGGCCCACACAGGCCCCAGCCCCUGUGCUGUGUGGCUGGCGGGAGGCAUGGCAGGAGCAAUUUCUUGGGGGACAGCAACUCCUAUGGAUGUCGUGAAGAGUCGACUGCAAGCUGAUGGGGUUUAUGUAAACAAAUACAAAGGUGUCCUGGACUGUAUCUCCCAGAGUUACCAGAAGGAAGGUCUUAAAGUGUUUUUCAGAGGCAUCACGGUCAAUGCCGUACGGGGCUUCCCCAUGAGCGCGGCCAUGUUCCUUGGGUACGAGCUCUCGCUGCAGGCGAUCCGCGGGGACCACGUGGCGACCAGCCCCUGA